AUGGAUGCUCAGCUGGGCGCGGAGACACAAGCGCGCCCCACGCUUGAUGUGACAAGACUCGGGCGCAAGCACUUCGUGUCGCAGGCUGGACUUGCUUCAGUUCUUCAAGCAGUGCGUGAUUGCGAGUUGCCAGCUGGAAUCUCCGCUACGACAAUCAAGCGGAAAAGGAUGGCCAGUGCAAAUGCGGAGACGCCGUAUGGUCGCAUUUUACGGCAGUGGGACAUGCGCAUGCAGGAUGGAAAGACGGUCGCCGUGAACUACUGCGACCCUGCGGCCACAUUUUUCCAUCUGACAUGCGUUUCCCCGAGUCUGCAAGCUUUCUUGAAGGAGCGCCUGGAGGAAAGACCAUCGUCCACGGCAACACCGUGGACGAUAGUCUUUUAUAGCGACCAGGUGUCGCCAGGCAAUCAACUGAAAAGCUCGAACAAGAGGAGGCUGGAGACCAUAUAUUGGUCGUUGAAGGAGUUGUCGGCCAAUGCGCUGUGCCACGAGCGCGCUUGGUUCCUCCUCACAACCGUGCGCUCCCACACGGUGCAGAAGCUUGCAGGCGGCAUGGGGCAGCUGUGCAAGUACGCCAUGCUUUCCUUUUUCCGCCAGACGGCGGACUGGACCGCUGGCAUCCAGCUGCGGCUGGGCGAAGAGCGUGUGUUUCUUGCAGCGCGCGUGGGAAUGGUCAUCUCGGAUGAAUCUGCUGUCAAGUUUAUGUUUGACAAUAAAGGGGCGUCUGGAAAGGUUCCUUGUCUGCUCUGUCGGAACGUCGUUCUGCGACGCUAUGCCCCGCCUGACAUGCACGACCCACUCGUUCAGCACACUUGCUGGGAUGCCAGAAAAUUCUUGAUGCACACGCAGCAGAGUCUGCAGGAGAUGGCACGCUACCUCGCGCAAGAGAACGCUGUGCUGAGCAAAGCCCAGCUGAAAGAUCUACAGACGCGUUUGGGCUUCAACUUUGCUCCUCACGGCGUCCUCGCUUCCCAGGAACUCAUGGCCAAAGUGAACAUUCCGGAUAGCUUGUGCUUCGACUACAUGCACAUUUACUAUGUUUCCGGACUGUGGCACCAGGAGUCCAACCUUCUUCUUCGUCGACUGUGGCAGGGCGGCGUCUGCAAGGCGUCAGAUAUCCACAACUUCUUCCAAGACUUCGUAUGGCCGAGCCGCCUAGGAUCCAAGGGAGCUGGAGCCCGGAAUAUCUUCGAGUCCUUGAACAAAUCAGACGACGAGCUGAAGUCCUCGGCUUCUGAGGCUCUGAGCGCAUACCCGGUUCUCAGGCUAUUCUUGUCCGACCUGCUGCAAGCGCCGGGUCUUCCAGAAGGUGUGCAAGCGGCUGUCAAGUGCUAUUUGCUGCUGGCCAGGGUUUUGGACUGGCUUUGCUUGGCUGCAGAAGACGGUGGCAGCCGUCACGCUGACAAACUUCGGCAGGCGAUCGAAGCACACGCCAAGGCAUUUUCUCAUGUCUAUGGGGAGGACGCAGCCCUUCCCAAGCUCCAUAUGGCAAUCCACCUCCCCAAGAUGCUGCAGCAUCAUACCCAGCUCCUCAGCUGCUGGGUGCAUGAACGCCGCCACAAAGAACUCAAGCGCUUCGCGAAUCAACAAAUGAACUCCAAGACCGGGACCGAAAGGUCACUCAUGGAGGAGAUGCUGCUGUGUCACAGAGAGGACCUCAGCGAGAACGUCCUGGUCCACGGCGUGGGGCUUCUGGACGCAAAGCCGGCGCCUGCGCCGGUCUUGGCGCAGUUCCGGACUGCGUUUGGCGUCAUACCCUUGCGUCUCUUAGUUUCCGAGAAAGCAUACUAUGCGCCAAACCGCUGGGUUCGUUGCGGGGACAUCGUGCUUGUCAGGGCUGAGGGCUACAACGGUAUUGCGGAGGUCUGUUACCACUGCCACUACCAAGACUGCCUCCUCACCUGCCUUUUCUUCUACAAGCCGAUCCCGGACAAAAGCAAUCGGUUCCGCGUGUGCAGGGACGAGUAUGUUUUCGUUCUCACUGAGACAAUACGGACCGUCUGCAUCUUCAAGGCCCAGGAUGGCAUAUGCACCGUGGCACCGCAGGCAUACGACAACUGA